AUGUUUCCCUUGACUAGAAGUAUACUAAGAAGUCUCAAGAGUCAAAGCAUUCAGCAAAUUAGGGCAAAACACAGCCAUGGAAACCACUCCCCAGAUUUUCAUGACAAAUAUGGUAACACUGUACUAGUCAGUGGAACCACUUUCUGUGCUGUUGCGUGGAUAUUUACAAACACACAGAUUGGAAUAGAGUGGAACCUGUCCCCCGUUGGCAGAGUCACCCCCAAAAAGUGGAAUGAUCAGUAA